UCAACGACGGCCAAGGAAGAGGCCGAAACAUCGCGAGAGUUGAAUUAAUCGGGUGCCGCGACCUCGAUACUAUCGCGAGAGUUGGGGGGGGGGCGCGCGUGGAUGACAGGAUGUUUGACUCCAUAUAGUUCUGGCAGAAUCAUUUCUGUCGGAAAAGACGUCAGAGAUAGUAAGGUUCAUUCAUUUGGGUUCAUCUAUUCACGCCAGAACCGAUACUGUAGCUUUCCCGGAUCAUGUACUGACAACAACGUGUACAUCAACUGGUCCAUACUCCCACCCACUAGGUGGCGGUAAUGCGUCUUUAAGUUCGUUGUCAGCUGUCAAUCAAAGUUUACAAGAAGAAGAAGAAGAAAGGAAAACAUUCGCAGGUGCUUGCUAUCUUGGCCUUGAAGCCGUUUAAGACGACACAGUUUUCAACUCGUCUGCGUCGAUAGCUUCUUGGUUUUGUUUUCGGGAGACUGUCGUGUUGACGACAGGAACAGUUUAGUAUCGUAGCUCUUCCACGCGAGCUCUGUGGCGGCAGCAGGAUGGCCUCGCUAGCUCGGGGGUCCGAGUUGUGAUGUGGCGGCUCGCUAUCGUCUUCAGAGCAGCGGGCAGGAGCGUGUGCAGCGGCGGCGGCAGCGAGAGCAUGGCGAAGGGCAAGUUCUUCUACGCGGUCAGGAAGGGCUUCAAGCCCGGCGUGUACGGCACCUGGGACGAGUGCAAGACACAGGUGGACAAGUUUCCUUCCGCGGCUUACAAGAAGUUCGCUUCCGAGAAAGACGCCUGGGCCUUUGUGAGAGGAGUCCAGUCUGGUGCUGGUGCCGCCAGUGCGUCUGGUUCUGGUGCCCUGGGCGACACAGCUUGUGACUACAGCCUUCUGCCCCGGCGUUGCCCGGAGCCUGAGCACUGCUUCCCUCUGGGAAAGAAGAGAUGUCAAUCACAGCAGGAGGCGGAGCCUCACCCCAAACGGGCCAAGCAAACGGAGAUGUCAGAUGGUUACACCUACAUGGGAGAUGCGGUGGUAGUUUACACAGAUGGUUGCUGCUCCUACAACGGGAAAAAAGGAGCCCGUGCUGGAAUUGGCGUUUACUGGGGACCAAAUCACCCUCUGAACGUGUCAGAUCGACUGAGAGGGAGACAAACAAAUCAGCGAGCAGAGAUUCAGGCAGCCUGUCGCGCUCUCCAACAGGCUCGGGACAACAACAUCAAGAAGCUCGUCCUCUACACUGACAGCAAGUUCACCAUCAACGGUGCCACCAGCUGGGUGCAGAACUGGAAGGUGAACGGGUGGCGGUUGAAGUCCGGAGGACCAGUGUGCAACAAAGACGACUUCAUGAAGCUGGAUGGGCUGAACCAGGAGCUGGACGUGGUCUGGAUGCACAUCCCGGGUCACGCAGGCUUUCGGGGGAAUGAGGAGGCCGACCGCCUGUCCAGGGAAGGAGCCGCCCAGGUACUUCCACGGGACCAAGACCAGGACCAGUCCCCUUGAUGGAGGCUCUGCUCUGCCUCCUCUUCAGCUUCUGUUCUUAUGUUUGUUACUUUGUUUGCUGUCAAUAAAGUUUGGUCCCUGUUGGAGCUGCAUCUGUGGGGGUCGGAACCCCUGUGCUCUGAUCGCAGCUCACUCAACCUGUGACCUCCGCCGGUGGCACUCAUUCUCAGGUGGUCAAAGGUUGUGAGGCCGCUGAAUGGAGGUGUUGAAGUGAUGCUCCUCCAUCUGUGAUGCGGUCUGAUCCUUCACUGUGCACACAGCCUGACGCUCCGGUGAGGAAGAGGAUUCUCAGAUGGACCGUUGAGUCUUGGAGGAGCUGCUUGUGUUAAGAUGCAGCUCAGGUCUGAAGCUCCUCUGUGAUGAUUCAUCAGAUGCUGCAGUGACUGAAGAACCUGCUGCUGCUCCUCACCUCCUAAUCAUCCCGCUUCUCUUCUCGACGGCAGCCUGAUGAAGACAGUGGUGAAGAAGACGAUGCUGCUGGAAUGUAGGUCACCUGCUCUCUGCAGGAGCAGAAGGUGAAGGCGGUGAUGUGGGUG